AUGCACGGGUACGACGAUGAUGACGACAUUCCGCCCACCGUGUCCGACUGGAAGGUCAUGGUCAAGCCUGUUGUUGCCAUGGCUGUUGAGCUUGUGAGCCGAAUGAACGUCUCCGCCGCACAACAUCAUCCAUGUCCGCCUCCCUCUGAGCACGUCUCGCCGUUCGUGCAGGCCUCGCUAGAGUCAAACUUCCGCUACUAUGUCGAUGCUUACGAGAACUUCCCGCGCGAACUGCGUUCGCCGCUGGACAUGGCCGUGGUCCGUGCUGUCCGGCUUCCAGCCCCCGUCAAGCCGUUUUCAUCGGGACGCAUGUAUCAUGGCAUGAACCCACAAGACGCAGCCGCCAUCUACCAGCACGUCGGUGGUCAUCCCGGCGGAUAUGUCCACUCCACAUCCAGCAGCGAGCAUGAUCAAUCGGACAUGAGCAACCCGGACACAUCCAUCACCACCGAAACUCAUCUCACCUCCUCGGACAGGAGCUUUGACGAACAGCGGCCUGAUUCUGGUACCCUCAAGUAG